UUCUUCUUCUUCUUUCGUAAUGAGUCCAUCGCCGUCGAAGCCUAAGCGGAAGCAGCCGCCGCCGCCGCCGGAAACGGCGUCGCACCGUUUCCUUGGCGUUCGGCGGCGGCCGUGGGGGCGAUACGCCGCCGAGAUUAGAGAUCCUUCCACCAAAGAACGCCACUGGCUCGGCACCUUCGACACCGCCGAGGAAGCCGCCCUCGCCUACGACCGCGCCGCCCGCUCCCUCCGCGGCUCCCUCGCCCGCACCAACUUCCUUUACUCCGACUCGCCGCCGCCGCUGCCGCCCUCCGCCGCCGUCUCUCACGGCCAGCUUCCGCCACCUCCCCUGCCUCCUCCUCUGUUUCUUCCUCUGCUUCCUCCAGAUUCGCCGCCUCUCUUCGACCAAUUCCCCGCCGCUGGAGACUCCUCGGCAAGUUUCUUCGCUGGAUUCGACGAUGGCGGUGCUGAGCUUCCGCCAUUUCCUCCGGCAAUUUCGUCGGAAUCGGAGAAUUAUAAUUAUAAUAACUGUCUGAUGGAAACACAGAACAUUGGUUUAGAAUCUCUUGAUCAGUCGUCGAUGGGAAUCGGAUCGUACUUUGGAUUUGAUUCCGGCGGUGAGUACGUGCAGAGCCCGAUCUUUGGAACAAUGCCUGCGGUUUCCGACGCCCUCGCCAGUGAUUUUGAGUCUCCGGCCAAUUUCUAUUUCUCCUAGGUCCUCAGAUUAAUAAUUAUUAAAAAAAAAUAUCAAUAUUUCUAAAAAGAAAAAAAAAAGACUUAGGAUUAAGAUUAAAAUAUAUAAUAUAAUGUAAUGUAAUGCAUGCGCCAUGCGGAUAG